AGGCUUGCGUGACUCGCGCCUUUGUAACGUUGCCCUUUUGUAAAGGUGAAACUUAAAACUGAAACUGUGAUCAAUUGGCCAGUGGCUGUUCAAGAGGGUGCUGCGAGUUCUCACCUAGUAUCACUGAGUCAUUGACGUUGCUGAAGUGUCUUAUGUUAUCGCCUUUCUUGCUUAGUGCGUAUUUUAGAAAAGUGAGAGAUUCUGUCGUAAAGCACCAAACCUUUUUUUUUCAAACACAGUCUAUUCUUACCUGACAAUUCAGCAGAGUAUUUUUUUUUAACCAGUGUAUGGAUUUGAUUGAGAUUCAGUGAAAUGCAAGUUCUUAGAGUUCUUCUAGGGUGUUUUGACAGCAUCAUUCAGUGCAAAGGUCUUGAGGCCAGGUAUCUUGUAGCGUUUGCUGUUUUUACCACACUGUAAUCAUCAGUAGCAUUAACUUGAGCUCCUCAAGCAGAAAGGUCAAGUCUUGGCAGACUUGUGAGUGUGGCUGUGUUUACACAGAGUGCUAUUGGAGUAUUUUUUGUGUUGAGAUACUUGGACAGUGGGAUUAUUGAUGAUUGUGUAGUGGAAAAGCAUUAGUCGGUGUGCGUCAAGGCUCUUCACCAUCGCGUCUUCAACCUGGAAAUUAUCUUUAAAUUUGAGUUUGCCAAAGAUGAUGGGUUAUAUUUUUCAGAGUACUUGAUUGUAAAGGGAUCCCUGUGAGGUAUUUUUGUUGUUGUUUUGACGUAAACGCUUUCUUCUAAAAAGUAUAUAUUAGUUAGUUUUUAGCUGUUUUCCUGCUGUGCCCUCUUCUGUGGGUUUUGGUGUAGUGCUGCUGUAUUCGAGCCUCUCUUUGUCUAAGGCACAUGGUUGAAGGAGGAGGUGGAGCGGUGUAAUCUGACACGAGCCAGGCCCAAAGUACAGCUCAGACACAGUGGGGGAGUGAGGGGGCAUUCCAGCUCCAGCUUGACAUUCGACUCCUCAGCCUGCAGACUGCAUUGGCGAAAGUGCAAGCAGGCAGCACUCAGUUCUUUCUGUCUGUAGCGCUUUGCUGCCCCACAGAGAAUACGCUCUUCUUCCCGUCUCUCGCUUGGAGUUCACGCAGGAUACUUGGGCCUGCCUGGGAGUGGCUGCUCAGUCUGCCUCUGGAAUGUACCUUUAGACGAGUGGGGAAACUGGCUUUGCUGCUGUUGGUUUUCCUCUCUUCCUUGGCUCUCCGUCUUGCUCCCACACUCCUUGGGUUCCAUCAUAAGCUUCCUGCCAGGCAGUCUGAGCUCAGUAUACAUUUUUUUUUAUUAUUCCUGGAUUCCUUUGUUUUGGGUUCUCCACUGCUCAUUGUACUUUUCCUGGGCUGUGCUUUAAAGGUGACUUUUUUUUUGCCUUUAAGCCACACAUCUACUUUGUAGCAGUCAAUGAACAGUAAUUUGGAUAGCUCGCAGGGUUUUGCUUGUGUGUGAGUAAGUGGUCAGGCCUCUCCCUCAAGUGUCCCAGGAGUAUCUUGCAGUGAACCUGAGAGGGCUAGUGGAGCAGUAUUUCUAUCUGAGCCAGCACUAAGCGAGCAUAUUGGAUAUUGGACUGGUUGGGGGCCCUCUGUUAUGGGCGGUUUUGUUUCUAUGGAAAGAGCGCAAUGAAGAGUUGCUGCAAUCCCCAUGUCUCCCACCGCUAGGCUACAGCCUGUCUACUCAUGGAAGGGGGUGUUCAAGCUCUUCGCAUGCGUAGCUGCCCAAACGGCCAGCAAGCCUAAAGAGGUCCACACAUUUCAAGAGAAGAAAAUAGCCUUACUGGGGAAUCAUAUGGACGAAGAAAUGAGUCGCCAGACUGCCACCGCGCUGCCCACAGGAACCUCAAAGUGCGCCCCCUCCCAGCGUGUGAACACCACUGCCUCCAACAGUGACUUAGCCAGCCUGUUCGAGUGCCCGGUGUGUUUUGACUAUGUGCUGCCUCCAAUCCUGCAAUGCCAGAGCGGCCACCUUGUGUGCAGCAACUGCCGGCCCAAGCUGACGUGCUGUCCGACAUGCCGUGGCCCGUUGGGCUCCAUCCGUAACCUGGCCAUGGAAAAGGUGGCCAAUUCAGUGCUGUUCCCAUGCAAGUACGCCUCAUCGGGCUGUGAAGUGACGCUGCCGCAUACAGACAAGGCCGAGCACGAGGAGCUGUGCGAGUUCCGGCCGUACUCGUGCCCAUGUCCGGGUGCUUCGUGCAAGUGGCAGGGCUCGCUGGAUGCCGUUAUGCCGCACCUACUGCACCAGCACAAGUCCAUCACCACGCUGCAGGGCGAGGACAUUGUCUUCCUGGCCACGGACAUCAACCUGCCUGGUGCUGUCGACUGGGUCAUGAUGCAGUCCUGCUUCGGUUUCCACUUCAUGCUGGUGCUGGAGAAGCAGGAGAAGUAUGAUGGGCACCAGCAGUUCUUUGCCAUCGUGCAGCUGAUUGGCACACGCAAGCAAGCAGAAAAUUUCGCCUACCGGCUGGAGCUGAACGGCCACCGGCGGCGUCUCACCUGGGAAGCCACGCCGCGAUCCAUCCAUGAGGGCAUUGCCACAGCCAUCAUGAACAGUGACUGUCUAGUGUUCGACACCUCUAUCGCCCAGCUGUUUGCCGAAAAUGGCAACCUGGGCAUCAACGUCACCAUAUCCAUGUGCUGAGGACUGUCAGAUACACGAAUAGGCAUACACUUAAACAUUUCACAACCACGAGGCACCCAGAGGUGUACAUUGGGCAGGGGGGUGGGGUAUCAAACCUAGGGAGCUUCUCACUGUUGUACGUUCCAAGUACUCAACAGAACUGACCUUUACCCACGCUUGGCACGUCCAGCAACUGGACAUUUCCCAGGUUCUCAAUUUUAUGCUACAAUAUUAUAAUAAGUUAAAUAAUUAAACUAAUGUAUUCUACAUUUUCGAGAGCAAAUGCCUGCAAACAUAAGCCUCGUGAAGUGGACUUUCUCACACAUGGCUUGUUUGUGAAGAUGGGUGAAGGAACGGCACAGUAGAAGUGAAGGUUAGGGUGAACUCUAAAAGAUGAACUAGAAUUGUCCUGAUGUGUGGGGGGGGUUUUUUUUGUUUUGUUUUUUUGUUGGUUUUUUUUUGUCUCUCCCCCCAACCCCCCAACAUAUUGCAUUGUUGGGGCAAAUGAAACACUAAUACUUUUUUAAGUUGAAUUUCCAGUUUUAGGUUUUAAUCAAACAUUGUUUGAUCUCGUCUGAUCCCCUCUCCCCUAAGAAAGAUGCUGCAGUUAUUUGCAUGACCACUGACUGAGGCUUGGUGUGUCCAGAUUUCAUCUGAAAAUUUUAGUAGUUUCUGCCUGAAUCAUUGUAGAGUUUCUCUUGGGGUUUUUCCUCAUGAGGAGGGGCGGCGGUUAUGAGAAGUUUCUGUGUGGACUUGAUGUGACCACAUCAGGUUUGACGUCCUCAAAGCCACUUUUCCCUCUUAAAUGUUUAGCUUCUCCCUACGAUAGCCUACUUUUCCUGACCAGGUGCUAUUAACAGCAGUGUUGCGCCUGUGAACGUUGGGUCAUUUGAAUGGAUUGUGCUUUAGUUUGACAGGUGAACACAUGCUCGUCUCAGUCAUGUGGAAAUGGUGAUCUCUUCAUGCAGGAGGCGAGGCUCUCCAGCAUAUCAGACUAGAAGUGAGCGCAAUUUCUGCCGUUAUUAUUGAGAUUAUUGUUAUCAUUUUAUAAUGACUUAAGAAAAAGGAAUGAAAAGGCUGUUGUAACAUUGUGGCUAAUCUUCAGUGUUUGUAUAUAGUGUUGUUCUUCAGAAGACCUCAUGUCUUUUGUUCUCUUUUUGUAAGUACAGAUUUUUUGUUUUGUAUGUGUGUCUGUUUUUGUGAGGAACGGUUGAAGAAAACGCCAAAACAUCUCUGUGGAUACAUUGUACUGUUGCUGGUCCUGGUCUGUUUUUAUUUUUGUUUUAAUGUUUGUUUUGGUCUAUUUUGCCAUUAAAUAAAUCUAUCUUUUUCAUA